AGCAGAAGGAUGAAAAUGCUUCGGUUCCGCAGACCCAGCAUCCACUCUUUGGACCAGGAGGUCCUGUGCACGAUCCGGUUACUGGACGACUCCGAGAUCUCCUGCAGCAUCCAGAGAGACACCAAAGGCCAGUUCCUGUUGGACCAUGUGUGUAACCAUUACAACCUACUAGAGAAAGACUACUUCGGCAUUCGAUAUGUGGACCCAGAGAAACAGAGGCACUGGCUGGAGCCCAACAAGCCUGUGGUGAGGCAGAUGAAGUUGUGUCUCUUGUCUUCUGCAGCUCAGCAGCCGUACACCAUGUGCUUCCGGGUGAAGUUUUAUCCUCACGAGCCGAUGAAAAUCAAGGAGGAGCUCACCAGGUACCUCCUUUACCUCCAGUUAAAGAGAGACAUCUACCACGGUCGUCUGCUCUGUCCUUUUGCUGAAGCUGCAUAUCUGGGAGCCUGUAUCAUCCAGGCUGAACUCGGGGAUUAUGACCCAGAGGAGCACCCAUCAGACUACAUCAGCGACUUUAAGCUGUUCCCGAAGCAAUCGCUCAAACUGGAGAGGAAGAUCAUGGAAAUACACAAGAAUGAACUCAGGGGUCAGAGUGCUGCACUCGCAGAGUUGAGCAUGCUCCAAAGGGCUCACAGCCUCGAAACGUACGGAGUUGACCCUCAUCCGUGCAAGGACUUCACAGGCUCCACAGCCUUUCUCGGGUUCACAGCCACCGGUUUCGUGGUCUUCCAGGGAAACAAGAGAAUCCACCUCCUCAAAUGGGUGGACGUCAGCAAGCUGAAGUUUGAAGGAAAGACAUUUUACGUCAUAGGGAUUCAGAAAGAGAAGAAACUGGUGCUGACGUUUCACACGUCAACCCCUGCAGCGUGUAAGCACUUAUGGAAGUGUGGAGUGGAGAACCAGGCCUUUUACAAGUGCAUCAAGUCGAGUCAGAUAAAGACGGUUUCUAGCAGUAACAUCUUCUUCAAAGGCAGCAGGUUCAGAUACAGUGGAAAAGUAGCCAAGGAGGUGAUUGAAGCCAGUUCUAAGAUCCAGAGAGAGCCACCAGACGUGUGCAGAGCCCAGUUUGGACAGAGUCGAAGUUUUAACUCACUGAGCCAUAAAAACCUCAUCAUGAACAUGGAGCCUCUGGUUCCUGCACUGCCCUCAACUAACGAAUACGAAGAGACUGCCACAGACAAUGGUGUUGUCGUCGUGAAGGACGCAGUUCCCCUGUCUCCUCUCAAACCUUCAGCCGUGCCCACAGACGCCGAGCAGCAAAGCACUGAGGGAGCAAACUCUGCCUUGAGCAAUCAUCUGCAGCCUCCCCAUGUUUCCAUGGAAACUGCAAAUCUUCGACCUCAGUCACCCAAAGCGGAAGACGAAGUGGAGGAAGACGACGAGGCCAGCGGAGGACUCACCAUCUCUGAGUUUGCCUACAGCCCCUGUGCCAGCAUGCUGCCCACUCCAGUAGAUGACAGUCAGGGAGGUGUGGACGUGGUCUUCUCCUCUCCGGUCCAGAGUCCUGCCAGGCUGCUGAGGGAGCUCCACGCUGACCCCGACAUCCAGGCCCAGCUGGAAGCUGAGAGGGAGCGAGACCGCGCCUAUGAGCGCACUCGAAACGCUGCGAGAAGUCGAAUGGGCGGAGUCCUGACCACCAGCUUGCAGAUGCUGUCGUCCAACGACAGGGUCAAUGCAUGCGUGCUGAGUGUGGUCCGCUUGGUCGCCGUGGUAAUGGGCGUCCUGCUCGUCACUGUGCCCACACUGCUGCUUCUGUUGGAGUCAGACAUUGACGUGUCCUUCCUUCACGAGAUCCGCCAGACGCCGGAGUUUGAGCAGUUUCACCACGAGUAUUACUGCCCGCUCCGCCGCUGGGUCCUGUGUAGGAUCAGCAUGGCCAUGGAGAACCUCUGGUCAGAUUAAAGAGGGAAAUAUAAAGUUUGACAAAGGACAGGAUGGGGAGUCAGUGUGGGGAGAAUGAGCUAUGCCCAAAUGUCUGUCUUAACAUCUAAUUGAUUCUUACAUUCAGUCUUAAGAAGUGGUGUCACUUGAUUAAAAAAAAAAAAGAGGUAAUUGAGUAAUUGAAUUGAAUCACUUAUAAGGGCUCCACAGAAAUGUCACAGGACAUCUUAUUAAAAAAGGGCCUCAGAUGGAAAGACAGUGCCGUAAUGCAGACGCCUUUGAUGUCUGUGGCAUCAGCACUUAAUACAAAAAUAAUACUCUUAUCAUGGGAUAUAAUUACCUGUUAAGAUUGGCACUUGGCAGUGAUGAAUUAAAUAAACCGGAGCGCAAGAAUUACUAAAGAACACAAGGAAAUGAAAGUCAUGACAAUAGAAAGCGAGGGGAGGCUGUGAACGCAGAGAAAGUAACAGGAGAAAACCAGUUGGUUGGUUCCAGUUUUGAUGGUCUGUUCACUCCUGAUGCUGACAAGUCGAUGCAGAGACUUUACGGUACCAUUGUGGUUGGUUCUUGUCGUUGGAGCAGACCCUCUGAUUGGCCGUGGAGCCUGUCAGUCAUGAAGGAGUGUGAGGGAACACAGGGUGAGAGAGAGAGAGAGAGAGACAUCAACAAAAGCCACAGUCAGAGACACAUUAUAUACAUAUAUACAGUAUAUAUUUAAAACAAAGGAGACUAUUGAUAAUUAAUACCAACCUUAAAUUAGUUGUUUUUAGUGUUUUGUACAUUUUUAUGUGAUCCAAAUAUUUCAGGAAUUUUUCAGUCAGAGGAUCUACUUUGAGUUUAUUUUGAAAUUAAGAAUUUACAAAAGAUUAGAAAAAAAAACAGAGGCUAAUUUAUUGACGUUUAUCGGGUGAUGGGUGUUGAGAAACUUGAGCUAUUUUUUCAGACGACAGUCAGCAUUUGUUGACCUGAUGGCACCCUGGGUUUUUUUUUUCCUACAGAGGCUACAGCACAAACCUUUUACACAGACCACAGAUUACAACUGUUUCAGAUUAUGUGAUGUCAUUUCAGAGAUGGGAGGGUGGCAUGAGAGAAACUUUAGUCUGUUUGUAGUGAUAAAAAAAAGCGUGCUUUGUUCAAUGUCUUCAAUUUUAACACGUGGGCUUUAAGGAGUUUUAACACAAAACGUAUUACGCGAGACUAAGGGAGGAUCGGGUUUGAUAUGACUGCUUGUGAGAAAGUUACUGAAUCAUGUUAUUCACACAGUCAUUUUACAUUUCCACAGUCUGGAGCUUGAGGUUGGUGAUUUGUUAAGUCACUGGUGUGAUGUUUUUAUGUGAGCUCUGUAAAUGUUCGACCUAGCAACACAGGACUGGGACAAGUGGCGUGUUUGUGAUCUUGUGAAGGACAUUUCCUGUGGUCGAAAAGGUUGAACAGGUACAGUUUCAGGUAUUUAACUCACAGGAGGCAGAUCUGCAUUUUACUCACUGAUAAAAAAAGAAAAAGAAACAAGUAGCCAUUGGAAUCAAGAUGAAAGGUGAAAACAUAUCGAACAUCCUGUGUCUAUCAUCCACAUCCCUGCAACUGUUUUUUUAUCUGUCAACAGAGAUGAUAUCUUUUCUUUUUUAAUUUCAGCGACCGACAAGGCAGGUCUAUGAGUAGUGCUGGAUUGGAAAAGGUGCUUUUUGUUCAUAUAGCCACAACUGACACAGCUGAGGUUUCCAAAAAAAAGAGCCAUGGAGUCAAAGAUAAAUAAUGUCAAAAAUGUUGUGUAAUUUGGCAUCACACAAGGGCAAAAUCAAAUCUAAUUGGGACUUAAUCAAACUCCUGUAGCCUCAUAACUUUUGGGAACUUGCAGCCAUCACAGUGUGACAGUUGAACACACAGAUGGUGUCCGCGUGGGGUUUCAGUGUGGAGAAGAGAGCAGAGACGUGUAGUGGGCGAUAAAUGACUGUUCGAUCAAAUGAAGAUGAAAAGUGUAGUUUGAUGUGGAUCAACUUCUCAGGUAAGGACAUUAAACACCUUAUGUUAAAAAGAAUUAAAUGUUCAAGAAAUCCAAAAACAACAAAACUGGGAAAAAAACCCAACAUAGUUUAUUCAUGCCAUCUUUAUGUGUCUCACUAUUAUAGAUAUCCAAACACUUUAUGUACAUAGUAACAGCAGACCUUAUUAUGGCAGCAGACUGUCUGCCUGGUUGUAGCUUCAUUUCACCGCAGUACGUAUGCAUCCAUGCCAUUCUGAUAAAAAUAGUCCUCACUGUUGAGAGCCAGUAACCGUAGCUGCAGUUUUAACAUCUGAACCUCCACACUGCUUUUGUCAUGCCAAUUUUAUAAUUGGUACACUCUAUCAAACUGACUUAUCUAUUAAGGCUCUCACACAGUAUUUCAACUCUCUUCAAACUAAAACUAAAACAUUCAUUUACAGGAAUCACUCUUUUGUAGGUUGUUUGCAAGCACAUAACAUCCCUGUCAUCUCCUCUCCAGUGUUGCUGCCUCCUCAUAUGUGUGUCGUUCGAGUACCUCUGUAGACUUUAUGCAUUGACAAAAAAUAUGCAGUAACAGCAGAAACGUGCUUAUUCGGGACAAAACGUUUAUUUUCUUACUACGGAAAACAUGCACUGAGCGUCUGAUGCUGAGACCAAGCAAAGGGCCAAGCCACUAUGACGAUGACGUUUGCCUCUGACGUCACUGACUCUGACAUGAAAACAAUCUCACUGCAGUGGACGAGGCUGAUCUGCGUGCACUGCUUCGUGAUCACCGUCAUGACUGCUGCUCCUCCAGUCUGCAUGUGCAUCAAAUUGCUCAAGCAUUUAAACAUAUAUACGAAAAAAAAACACAUCAACAUGUAAAGGCUGUAAAGUUUGUCCCUGGCUUUAUUCUGGUCUAACUCUACGAUCUUUUCAGUUGACGUUGCAGUGCAAUUGUAUGCCCUCAUAUGUAAAAACCAUUUUUAUAGAUGUGGCAAAAAAAACCAACAAAAAACUAUAUGGGUUAAGACUUACUUUCUGUCUUGCCUCUGUGUGUCUUGUCUGUGUAAAGAGUUGUAGAUAUAGGCUUGGCCGUCUUGACCAUCUUAGGUGAACGCAUGCUCGCUGUGUUUUUAAACAAUAGGAGAAAGGGAAGAAAAGUUUGAAGCAUUAAAGGAGUUUGAGAUGUGCUAGCACAAACUGUAUAGGAAGUUAAAAAAAAACCAACACACAUUUGUUAUGUUUUUAGUGAUUUGAAGAGCCAGUGUGUAAUGUUUGGGAGGGUGUAUAUGUGUUACCAUCUGCAGUUUCCUCACUAAUUCUUAUACACUGGACCUUUACACAGCUAACUGCAUUAUCUUGAUAAUUUACAGUGCUUAACUAAUUUCUUGGACCACCUGUUAUAAAAAUGAGUAAAUAUGUUAGAAAUCAAAAAAGCUGUUCAAAACUAAAAAUGUUAAUUUGGCAAAUGUUUACUAUUUGUUUCAGAGUUCUUUUUUGUAAAACAGUACAUUUGAAUAGGAAUAACACUAAUACAUUGGUUAAAUUAGCUAAGUACUGUAUGUCUCAGAACAAAAAAAGAAAGAUUUCUGCUCACAUAGGUCGCUGUUACGAGGUCUAUAUUUGACCACGUAGCUUCAUUGUGCUUUAGCUGUGUGAUGCUAAAUGCUAACGAUAACACCUGACGUCAUUGCUAAUGUAGCAUGCUUUUAGCCGAGUCAAUUAUUCAGAUAUUCUGUUUUGUAUGAAUGGAAAGUAAAACUACACCUCAACUCAUUGCAAAAAAAACAAACUAUAAAGGCCUUUGGGUUCUGCUAAAACUGAUCUGACUGAGAGUGUAGCAUUAUUUAUUAGCUUGUAGCUCAUUUAUAAGCUAAUUUUAUGAGUUCAUAAAGCAGGUCAAUUCAUUUCAGUUUUAGCUCUUUUUUGUUUUGAGCCAAUGACGUAGUUCCUGUGUUUUUUACGAGCACCCUUAAAAAAUUGACUUUUAUUGCCUGUACGUAAGUAAUACUGUGAUAAAACUGUCAUUGAGGUCACACACCAGGUGAUGUCACAUUUAAGGGUAAUUCAGUUCCAGACAUGAGUCAAGUAUUUACAAACCUUAAAUUAAAUAACCUUUCUUUAAUCAUCACUAACAAAAAAAACAUAAAAAAAAUAUACAGAUAAUAUAUUAUAUUAUUUAAGAUUUUAAAUAUUUGAACUCAGGUCAACCAUAUGCAAAUUUGUUGGACAUCCCAUAGCGUACAGGAGAAAAAUAAGCUGUUAUUUAUGAUAUUAUUUAAUUGUUGUGUGGGCAUGUACGGUAGCAGAUUUUCUUGCACGGUCACUUUGUUGUUUUUGAUUGUUAAAUUGAUUGUUUUGUUGUUUCAGUCUGAUUGUUUUUUUCUUCGUUUUGUUAUUGGUAACCCAGCCUCUUUUGAUAACAAACUCUGGGACGUUUAAUUAAAAAAAGAAUCAUAAAAAAGUUUUUGUUUUGUUUUUUAAAGAAAAAGCAUAAAAGUAUAAUGACCCCCUUUCUUCUGGGUUAAACCAAGCCUUAUGAAUUUUGUGAAGUUCAAAUUUUGAAUGUUUGUAUGUUUUAAAAGAAAACAUGGAUUGUUUUAUAUGUUAAUACUGCCUCAAUAAAGCUCCCUAAUGAAUAUA